GGAUCGCACCGCACCGGGGCCGGGUCUGACCGCACCGGGGCCGGAUCGCACCGCACCGGGGCCUGGGACCGGGCCGGGCCGGGUCGGGCCGCACCGGGUGUGACCGCACCGGGGCCGCGGGGCCGGGUGUGACCGCACCGGGCCGGGUGUGACCGCACCGGGCCGGGUGUGACCGCACCGGGCCGGGUCGCACGGCCCCGCCAUGGCCCUGGCGCUGCCGCCGCUGGAGCCGCCGUGGCCGCCCAGCCUGGCCCCGCUGAAGGCCGUGGAUGACUUGCUGCGCUGUGGGAUCUGCUUCGACUAUUUCAGCAUCGCCGUGGUGAUCCCGCAGUGCUCGCACAGCUACUGUUCCCUUUGUAUCCGCAAGUUUUUGUCCUACAAAACGCAGUGUCCAACCUGCUGUGUGGCAGUCUCAGAAUCUGACCUGAGAAACAACCGGCUUCUAGAUGAUCUGGUGAAGAGCUUUAAUUCUGCAAGGCAGCAGCUGCUGCAGUUGGUGUUGGAUGCUCCAUCCCCAGCAGCCCCUGGGCACUGCAGCCCUGCUCAGCCUGCUCAGGGGCCAGGCACCCACAGCCUCCUGAGGAAGGACAAGGUCUGCACCUCCCUGGCAGGGCUGCCAGGGGCUGCUCUGGAGAGUCUCAGCACUGAGGGGCACCAUGACCUGCACAGCCCUUCUGCAGAGCCUGGGGCUGCAGACAGCAAGGUGGGGUCACAGGAGGUUCCUGGGAGCACUGGAAAUCAAGAAAAGCCUUCUACAUCUGUGGUGCAAGGAGACUGCAAAGUGGAAUGUCCUGUUUGUGGGGUUGCUAUUCCAGAGCAGUAUAUCAACAAACAUCUGGACAGCUGCUUGAGCAGGGAGGAGAAGAAGGACAGCCUGAGAAGCUCUGCCCAGAGAAGGAAGCUGAUGUCCAAGGUUGUUUAUAACCUGCUGUCAGACAGGGACCUGAAGAAGAAGCUCAAGGAACAUGGUCUGUCCACCUCUGGCACCCGCCAGCAGCUCAUCAAGAGGCACCAGGAGUUUGUGCACAUGUACAAUGCCCAGUGUGACUCCCUGAGCCCCAAAUCAGUUGCAGAGGUUGUUAAAGAGCUGGAGAAGAAUGAGAAGAUUCGGGUCCAGCUGGAGUGUAACAAUAAAUCUGGGGAAAAUAGCUUGACCUUCACAAAGGACCAGACAGAGGAGGAAAUAGAUGAGAUCCACGCUAAGUAUCGAAACAAACACGGGAGAGAAUUCAAGUUCUUGGUGGAUGAAGUAAAUAAAAGGUGGAAGAAGACAGGGGAGAGGAAAGCAGAAAGUGCUGGAAGCAAAGAGGAAGUUGCUGUCAAGGAGCUGCCAGCAGCCACAGAGCAUCACACAGCUGUUGUCCCUGGAAGAGCCCAGACACUCCAGUCAGAAAUUCCUGAUGGCCAGAGAAGUGAAUCUCAUUGCUUGAAGGAAUACCAGAGAUCAGCCUCUCCUGAGUUCUCCCUCUCAUCUGGCUCCAGCAGCAGCACCAAUUCAGACAUCCUGGCAGAUGUGGAAGGGUCUGAGACGUGUUCAGCAUCCUCUGACAGCUCUGUGCCCCUGGCCGGGAGCAGGAGGAAGCUGCGGCGGCGAGUCCCGCGGGAGGAGGAGGAGGAGGAGGAAGGAGCGUGGAUGCCCCGGGGCAAGCGCAAGAGGAGCUAGGGCUGCACUCUGGGAACACCUCCUGGCCUCUCAUCCCCAGCCCUGGGGCUGAGUGCAGUGCCCCACUGGCCCACCAGUGCCAUCCCAGCUGCCUAGUGAGAGGCUGCUGGCUUUGCCCCCGUGCUGGGGCUGGGCACAGAGUCAGAGCCCGGGGAGCCUGGCCUGGCUCCUGUGCCUGGGCUGCCUCUGUGAGCUGCCCCUGCUCCUGCUUGCACCCUGUGAAGCCCCAUCUGCCCUCCUGGAAGCAGCUCAGGACAGGUUUUGGGGGGACAGGUACUGGUGCCCCAGUUUGUGGCCAGGGGAGGGAGGGACUGAGGAACUGGGGGAGAGUCUGUCCUACUCUAGAAUAGGCUUUUUGAUAUAUAUGUGUGUGUAAACUUACUCAGCAUUAUGUGUCAUCAUUUCAACUUGAAGCCCUGAAACUGGAAAGAAAUCAGAAGGUUGUUGGGCAUGAAGUAUUCUAGUUUUCAAGCAAAUAAUUGAAAGGUCUGAUGUUCCUUAGGAGCUGGUGGUAUUUUGUGAUGCAAUAAAGCAGUGCAAGAAAAUGAAGGAAAUGCAAGAAACCUGAACACCAGGGAAGGCUUUGAAAAAUAAAGCUUGUAAGCAAAAUAUGAAAAAUACUUCAGGUGCUUUUGCUGAGCCCUGAAGUUUUGGUCAGAGCCUGUCAGUGGGAGCUUGGCAGAGAAGGCACAAAAUCUGGGUAAGACUGAGGGUUGUUGUGUCUUGACUUCAAACUGGGAUUCAGAAAUAAUCCUCCUCAAGCCAUGGUUCCCAGGAAUAUUUGUGUUUGGAACAGGCUAAAUCAUGGCAGAUAUAAAUUGUCCUAAGUGCAUGAGGAGAGCUGCAGAGGCAGAGCAGGAAUCUGGUUGUGUUGAGUUGGUUCUUUUUUUUACUAAGCCAAGCUUUUGAAAGACAGUAAUUGUUGAUGUCUGCUUUAGGGCUGCCACAGCAGCUCACAUCAGGCAUUGGAGUUGGCUGCAGUUGGCCAGUGAAUGGUGAUAAUAUUGGAAUUUAUUACCAUGAAGAGCCUUUUCCUGGUGCCUGCAGAGCAGCUGCUGCUGUGCUGAGGAGGGCACUGGUGUGGGACACUGCACUGGAAAUGGGUGCAGAGGACACUGGCACAGAGCUGUGGCAGUUCAUGGGCAGGGACAGGGACAGCAGCUGCCACCUCAAACAUGGGCAUGGAUCAGACUGGUUUGCUGACAGCCUGUGAGGAUUGGUUGUUCUUACAUCACUUGUUGUUGGCACCACCAUUUAAAGUCCCAGCUGGUGACCUUUGCCUGAGGUGGAGCUUUCUCCCUCCUUUGUGGGCAGUGGGCUGUGCCAGGGGAGGGGGUGCCACGUGUGGAGCUCAGUGUGAGGGGCUGUGGGGCUUGGUGGCAGACACUGGGCAGUGGAGGCUCAGGGAAAACGUGGGUUUGGUGUCUGAUGCCUGACACAGGGUGCCUGGGCAGGCUCCAGUGCCUCCUGCCAGACCAGGGCCAGCUCUGGCCCCAGGCAAGUUGCCAGGGUGCUGCCAGGUCCAGCCUUUGCCAGGCUGAUCCCCUGGGUGCCAUGAAUGAUGCACAUCUCACCAAGCCAGGGUUCACAGGAACUGCAUAGCAUCAGGGAAAAAACAACAAGGAGGAAACAGAGUGUCCUCCCCAGGCUGUUCUGUCCCUGCUCCCCUGGGCUGCUCUGCUCUCCUCACUGAGUCCGGGGUGGUGGAGCAGCCAGGCUGGGGCACAGCCAGGCCAGAGGGGCUGAGACUGCUCACUGGGGACGUGCAGGGUCCUGCAGGGCUGGGCAGGGGAAAACCCCAGCCUUGUGUUCUUCUGUGAGUGUCAGGAAGUCACUGCAUCCUCCUGGCAGCUCCUCACGGGGCUGGCUGUGGCUGUUGGUGGUGUUUGUCCAGCCCCAGGGACCCUCCAUCCCACCCUGCAGUGGGUCCAGCCCUGCAGCAGCCCCAGAGUGGGCCUGAGGCACAUUCCCCAUGUCUGGGCUCCCUGCAGAACUGGGAGGAGGGCAGAAGCUCCCAGGGGGACUGGUGCUGGUAGCCAGGGUGCUGCUGGGCUGGGCUGCCCCUGGGAGGCUUUGGGAAGGGAAUCCAUUCAGGAGGAAAUGAAUUUAGUCAUGAGCAGUCCCUCAGGCCCGGCAGAAGGGCAAAAGUGGAAGCAAAAUAAUCAGAAAGUAAAAAUGUGCUGUGGUGAGAAAGGCAGAGAUGCUGGGAAUGGGGGAAGCAGGAGCAGGGUCAGCAGCUGGGAUGGAGCAGCAGCUGGGAUGGAGCAGGAGCUGGGGCUGAGCAGGAGCUGGGGCUGAGCAGGAGCUGGGAUGGAGCAGGAGCUGGGAUGGAGUAGGAGCUGGGAUGGGCUCACCUGGGUUUGUGUGGCCUUGCAGACCCCAGGAGCUGCUGGGGUUGGGUUUGCCAGGCAAAGGGAAUUUGUCCAGACUGGGGGAGCUGUUCCUGCCUGCUCAGAACAGCUUCUGUUCCCAGACCUUCCCUCGUGGCUACUGGGUGAGCUGUGACACAGCUG